AUGGCACUUAUAAAUACUUCUCUGAGCUUUUUCUCACAAUUCUUCGUGGUUAUGAACCACUCCACUUUCUGGAAUUUUUCUCUGGAUGAUGAAAUGUACGACAGUGGAGGAAAUGAUUCAACGGAGUCCCAGAAUCCCACCAUGAAAGUUCUGCUAAUCGUCGCGUAUUCUGUGAUCAUCGUUAUAUCACUCUUUGGGAACAGUGUGGUGUGCCACGUUGUUGUUAAAAACAAACGAAUGCACUCUGUAACCAGUUUCUUCAUAAUGAACUUGGCUAUCGCAGACUUAAUGAUCACGCUUCUCAACACGCCCUUCACUCUGGUGCGGUUUGUCCACAGCACCUGGGUUUUCGGCAAGGCGAUGUGUCACGUCAGCCGCUUCGCACAGUACUGUUCCGUGCACGUGUCGGCACUCACACUGGUGGCCAUUGCCAUUGAUCGACGGCAGCUCAUCAUGCAUCCUAUGAAGCAGCGGAUGUCCCGUGAGCGUGGCCUGGUGUGGAUUGCUGUAAUAUGGGCCAUGGCUUCUUGCUUCUCACUCCCGCAUGCAAUUUAUCAGCAACUCUUGCGUUUCGACUAUGGGGGUGAGCGUGUGGUUUGCUUCCCGUGUUUCCCGGCGCCCUCGGAGCUCUUCUGGAAGUACCUUGACCUGGCGACCUUCAUGUUGCUCUACGUACUGCCCCUCUCCAUCAUCCUGUUGGCCUACGUCUCCGUGGCCAAGAAGGUGUGGCUGCACAACACCAUCGGCGACGUGACCCUGGCCCAGUCGGCCGCUCACCGGCGCCGCAAGCGCAUGACCAUCAAGAUGCUGGUGCUGGUGGUGGCCGUGUUUGCCGUCUGCUGGUUCCCGCUCAACUGCUACGUGGUGCUGCUCUCCAGCAAGGUCAUCCCCGCCCACAACGGGGUCUACUUCACCUUCCACUGGUUCGCCACCAGCAGCACCUGCUACAACCCCUUCAUCUACUGCUGGCUCAACCACAGCUUCCGCACCGAGCUCAAGGCCCUGCACUUCAAGUGGAGGUCGAGGGCUGCCACCCAUCCCAGCCAAGAGACGUGA